AUGCAUUUAGAUAAAAUUUGGAGUGGUAGAUCUGAUACAGAGAGCGAAGAUUCUAAAAGAAUUUAUAAUAUCGUUCAGUUUGCAGAUGAUGAUGGUGCCAGUUUGAAUGACUAUCAAAAUGCAACUGCAUUACUAGGAUUCUGUUGUGAUGAAGGAGUAAAGCGUAAUCAAGGAAGAAUCGGAGCUGCAUCGGCACCAAAUGAAAUAAAGCGUAUUUUAGCAAAUCUACCUGCACAUCAACACCAGGUGGUAUAUGAUGCCGGUAAUGUUGAAUGUUUGAACGGUGAGAUGGAACAGGCUCAGCACGAACUCAGUAACAAAAUUACGGAUCUUCUACAGAGCAAUGCAUUCCCCAUUGUUUUGGGAGGUGGACACGAAGUUGCCUAUGCCAGUUUCAUGGGAUUGCAACAGUACCUCGAUGCCGUCGGAGAUCAACGAGCAAUAUUGAUUAUCAAUUUCGAUGCUCAUUUCGAUUUACGCACCAACAGGGAACCGAAUUCCGGAACAUCUUUCAAUCAGAUUGCAGAGUUUUGUGCAUCUAGAAAUCAACCCUUCACCUACCAUUGCUAUGGUGUCAGUCAGCUGAGCAAUACAGCGAAUCUUUUUACUCGCGCGAAACAACUGAAUGUAAAUUAUAUACUGGAUACCGACAUGCAAGAGCGAUUCCUAGAGAAAAACAUCUCGCUACUGGAGCAAACUCUUGAAAAAUAUGAUCAUGUAUAUCUGACUGUAGAUCUGGAUGUAUUGCCGGCUUAUAUAUGUCCAGCAGUGUCAGCACCAGCUGCUUAUGGUGUAUCACUGGUUGUACUCGAAGAAAUGAUUAAAGUCAUACGUGACAGUAAAAAAUUGAGAGUUGCAGACAUUGCUGAAUACAACCCACGCUUUGAUCAAGAUUCAAUCACAGGUAAAGUUGCAGCACGUAUCGCCUAUACAUUAUUUUCGAAAACAACAGCAACAACAACAGCGACGACAAUGUUUUAA